UCACCCAUCAACUUCAAUUCCCUCUCGCAUCAGAGCUCAAAUCACCCACAUCUCCCGUCAUUCGUUCGUUCCUCCAAUUGCCACUAGGCUAUUUCUUGGAAUAGGAGUCGACCAUUUUAUUCAUUCGUUGAUCCAUCAAAUCAGAAGAAGCAAUGGCAUCACAACAACAACCUUCGCAAACCAUCUACCCUGACAGCCAUGUCGGUUUCGAUAGCAUUACCUCUCAGAUUGAGCGCAAGCUCUUGAAGAGAGGUUUCCAGUUCAAUGUUAUCUGUGUUGGCCAAACUGGCUUGGGAAAGUCAACUCUGAUCAACACCAUCUUCGCUUCCCACCUUAUCGACUCCAAGGGUAGAAUGACGCCUGAUGAGCAGAUCCGCUCCACCACCGAGAUCCACCCCGUAUCGCACAUUAUCGAGGAGAACGGUGUCCGUCUAAAGCUCAACAUCGUCGACACUCCGGGUUACGGCGAUCUAGUCAACAACGACCGCUGCUGGGACCCUAUCGUCAAGUACAUCAAGGAUCAGCACUCCGCGUACCUGCGAAAGGAACUUACAGCACAGCGAGAACGUUACAUUCCGGAUACCCGCAUUCAUUGUUGCUUGUUCUUCAUCCAACCCUCCGGACAUUCCCUGAAGCCCAUUGAUAUCGUAGUAUUAAAGAAGCUUUCGGAUGUCGUUAACGUCGUGCCGGUUAUUGCCAAGGCCGACACUCUCACCCUGGAAGAGCGACAAGAGUUCAAGGAGCGGAUCAAGGAGGAAUUUGCUUUCCACAACCUCAAGAUGUACCCCUAUGACAAUGACGAGCUCGAUGAGGAGGAACGCUCGAUUAACACUCAGAUCAAGAGCCUUAUCCCCUUUGCUGUCGUCGGUUCCGAAAAAUCGAUCAUCGUCAAUGGCAAGCAAGUUCGCGGCCGUCAAAACCGAUGGGGUGUGAUCAACGUCGAAGACGAGAACCAUUGCGAAUUCGUUUACCUGAGAAACUUCCUGCUCCGAACGCAUUUACAGGAUCUUAUCGAGACUACUUCGCAGAUCCACUACGAAACCUUCCGUGCCAAGCAAUUGUUGGCGCUCAAGGAGAGCAGCGCACAAGGCCACGGCAGCAGACCCAUCAGCCCUGCUGCGGAUCGCGAAAUGAGCAGGAGCUCUCAACGAAUGACUAUGAACGGUCACUAAGUUGUCAUCUAAUUUUCUUUGUAUGCUUUCUACGAGGCGUUCCUCGGACUCGGGCUUUCCCAUCCUUGCGAAAGAUUUAAUUACCCCUUUACGAUUAUUACAAUGAGCGGCUCCGAUGACUAGGAUGCAAGAGAAGAGG